UACCCCUGGGUUUGCGCGUGCAAGCGGGCGGCCUGGUGGCUCGGGGCUCAGGUCCUGCGGCGGCGGAGGCGCGUGCAGCGCGGACCCCCCACUUCCCGCCCGGCCGGCCUCAGAGACUCGCCCGCGGCCCCUGACUGCUCUGGGCGGCCCCCCAGGAGGCCCCUCCCCCACGCCGAGCCGCCCCGCCCCCCAGCCCCUCGGGUCCCCGGGGAGCGCCAUGGCCUCGGAGUCCGUGAAGGUGGUGGUGCGCUGUCGCCCCAUGAACCAGCGCGAGCGGGAGCUGAACUGCCAGUCCGUGGUGACGGUGGACUCCGCACGCGGCCAGUGCUUCAUCCAGAACCCGGGCGCAGCCGAACAGCCCCCCAAGCAGUUCACUUUCGACGGCGCCUACUACACGGAGCACUUCACCGAGCAGAUCUACAACGAGAUCGCCUACCCUCUGGUGGAGGGUGUCACCGAAGGCUACAACGGCACCAUCUUUGCCUAUGGCCAGACGGGCAGCGGGAAAUCCUUCACCAUGCAGGGCCUGCCGGACCCACCCUGCCAAAGGGGCAUCAUCCCCAGGGCCUUCGAGCACGUGUUCGAGAGUGUCCAGUGUGCAGAGGACACCAAGUUCCUGGUUCGGGCCUCGUAUCUGGAGAUUUACAAUGAAGAUGUCCAUGACCUGCUGGGGGCUGACACCAAGCAGAAGCUGGAGCUGAAGGAGCACCCCGAGAAAGGCGUGUACGUGAAGGGACUGUCCAUGCACACGGUGCACAGCGUAGCCCAGUGCGAGCGCAUCAUGGAGACCGGCUGGAAGAACCGCGCGGUGGGUUACACUCUGAUGAACACGGACUCCUCGCGCUCCCAUUCGAUCUUCACCAUCAGCAUCGAGAUCUACGCCGUGGAUGAGCGGGGCAAGGACCACCUCCGAGCAGGCAAGCUGAACCUGGUGGACCUGGCGGGCAGUGAAAGGCAGUCCAAGACAGGGGCCACAGGGGAGCGGCUCAAGGAGGCCACCAAGAUCAAUCUGUCCCUGUCGGCGCUGGGCAAUGUCAUCUCUGCCCUGGUGGACGGUCGCUGCAAGCACAUCCCUUACCGGGACUCCAAGCUGACGCGGCUGCUGCAGGACUCGCUGGGGGGCAACACCAAGACACUGAUGGUGGCCUGCCUGUCCCCCGCCGACAACAACUACGACGAGACCCUUAGCACACUGCGCUACGCCAACCGAGCCAAGAACAUCAAGAACAAGCCUCGCAUCAACGAGGACCCGAAGGACGCCCUACUGCGGGAGUACCAGGAGGAGAUCAAGAGGCUGCGGGCUAUCCUGGAGCAGCAGCUGAGUCCCGGCGGCCUGUCAGCGCUCCUGUCCAGCCAGCUGCCCCUGAGCCCUGCCCAGGUGGAGGAGAAGCUGUUGUCCAGCCCUGGGAUCCAGCAGCAGGACGUGGAGACUGAGAAGCAGCUGAUUCGGGAGGAGUACGAGGAGCGCCUGGCCCGGCUGAGGGCCGACUACGAGGCCGAGCAGGAGUCCCGCGCCAGGCUGGAGGAGGACAUGACUGCCAUGCGCAACUCGUAUGACGUGCAGCUGUCCACGCUGCAGGAGAACCUGCGGAAAGGGACAGAGGCCAUCCUGAAAGCAGAAGUCCUCCACAAUGCCGAGGUCCUGUCCAGGGCUGAGUUUGCCAGCAGGUGUGAGCACACAUCUGAUUUCCAGCUUGAGGCGUCCAGGAAGUCCACCAUCUUCUCUGUGCCUGAUACCCUGCACUGGGACGCGGUCUCCAACACCCAGAUUUCUACCAGAUUUGAGGAGCUGCGCAGGGCAGAACCCUCCAAGUCUGAGAUUUCUCUCAGGUCCAGUGAGUCGUCCAUGCUGGAAGAAUCCUUCAUGUCUGAGGCCCUCCCUGUGCCUGAGGAGCUCUCUAACCUAGAGCUGCCGGGGCCUGAGGUGGGGUCCCAGAGCAAGUACUUCCUGGAUAAGAGCCUCAGCCAGGAGAACUCUGGGACCCAGCUGGAGGGUGAGAACUAUAUCCGGGUGGAGGAGCUGCCGCUGGAGCCCCCGCAGAUGGGACCAAGCCUGCAGGACCCGUUUGCUGAGGUGGAAGCCAAGCUGGCCAGACUCUCCUCCAUGGUGACCAGGACAGAUGUGCCCCAAGUCCCCAUGCAGCACACCCCCCUGACAGACCUGCUGGAGCCCAUCGACGACACCAGGUCUGAAGCUGAGGUGGCUGCUGACCUCCUGCCCAGCACUGAGAUUGAUCUGGCCCCGGAAGUGGCGGAGGUGGCAGAGCCCCGAACAUGGAUGGAGGCGGAGGUGGCCCAGCCUCAGCCCCUGCUGGCCACAGGCGCGCAGAGGGAGAGCGUGGAUGUGGCUGUGCUGACAGAAGUGCCGAUGCCCGGCGUGAACCAGCAGCAGGUGCUGGCCCGUUUGCAGCUGUUGGAGCAGCAAGUGGUGGGCGGGGAGCAGGCCAAGAAUAAGGACCUGAAGGAGAAGCACAGGCGGCGGAAGCGUUACGCGGAUGAACGCAAGAAGCAGCUGGUGGCCGCGCUGCAGAACUCAGACGAGGAUGUCGGGGAAUGGGUGCUGCUUAAUGUCUAUGACUCCAUCCAGGAGGAAGUGAGGGCCAAGAGCAAGCUGUUGGAGAAGAUGCAAAGGAAGGAAAUUGGUGUAUCAUCCUGCCUGUUCAAAUCAAUUUUCCUGUCACAAGUGUUGUAGAUUCCCACAUUUGGAUUUUGGACCUAUUUUAUUAGUUUAAUUUGUAGGUAUGUUGUUUACUUUCUUAUAUGGAGUAUAUCCUCUUCCAUUAUAUUUUUCUAAUUGGAUUUUGUUUGUAGAAUGAAACUUUUUGAUUUAAAAAGUAUUUAAAAGUCAUUGAGAAUUAGAAGAGAAUACUUCUCAAUUCAUUCUGGGGGCUAGUAUUACCCAAAAAGCCAGACCGAGACAUUAAUUAUAGACUAAUAUUUCUUAUGACUAGUUAAAAAAAAGCUAUACUCAGUGUGAGCAAACCAAAUCCCAACAGCAUAGAAAGAAAAGACUUACACCAUGCUGAAGUGAUUUUUAUCCUAGCAACACAAGGUUGGUUUAGCAUUCAAAAAUUAUGUCAUUCACCAUGUUAGCAGAAUAAAAGACAACAGCACACAGUCAUCACGACAGCUGCAGAAAAGCAUUGGGUAGAAUUCAACAUUUGUCAUGGCAACAACGCUAAACAAACUAGACGUGAAAAGGGCAUAUUUCAGCUUGCUAAAGAUCGUGCAUGCAAAACCCACAGCGUUCAUCAGAUUUAACGUAAAAGGCUAAAUGCUGACCCCAUAAGGCCAGACACAGGAAAAGGAUGUCCUCUCUGACCUCGCCUAUUCAAGACUGCACUGAGGGUUCUAACCAGCACAGUCAGGCAAGAAAUCAAAAGGUAGCUGGCUGGAAAGUGAUAAAACUCUCUUUAUCUGCAAAUACAUACAUAUAGAAUAUCCUAAGAAAACCAGUUUUUAAAAAGGGGCUGGAAGUGUAGCUCAGUGAUAAUUUGCCUCAUAUUUAUAAGUGCCUGGGCUCAAAUCUCCAGCACUGCAAAAACACAAAAUUAGUAUGAGUUCAUCAAGGUUUCAUGAUACCAGAUCAAUAAGCAAAAAUCAGCUGUAUUUUUGUACCCUUGAAAUGAACAAUAUACAAAUAAAACUUAGAGAUCAGUUCUAUUUACAUAAAAAUAAUAGUAAAUAAUAAUAAAUCCUAGCACUCUAGAUGGCCAAGAGACAGGGGAUCACAAAUUUGAACCUAGCCUGGGAAAUUUAGCAUUUUGGCAAGAUUCUAUAUAAAAAUAAAACAUUAAAAUUGUUAGGAAUGUAGUUCAGGAGAACAAAACAGUUCAUACUCUUGGCCUGACUCAUUGGUGGAAAUGCUUGCCUGGUAUGUGUAAGGCCUUGUGAUUCCUAGUAUUGAACAAAAUCCAACAAACCCUUGUAGGUAGCUUGUAGAACCAUCAUUCAUAACAGCCCUGAAGCGCAAACACUCAUGGGUAGAAACAAACUGUGCUACGGCCACCUAGUGGAAUGUUACUCCGCAGUAAGAAGGAAUGGGGCACUGAGACUUGGUGUAAUACGGCCGGACCUUGAAAACACUAUGCUAAGUGAAAGAAGCCAGACACAAAGACUGCACACUGUAGGAGUCCAUUUAUAUGAAAUGUCCAGAAUAGGCAGAUGUAUAGAGGCAGAGAGGCAGAUUGUCUAGGGCUGAGGUUGGGAGAAA